AUGGCAGCCUCAGAGAACAUCGAACUUUGCAAACCCGAGGCUCCAAAGAAUAUUGCAGAAGCAUUUUUAACGCUGUGGGGUAAUGGGACAAGUCAAAAGAGAUCAAGGUCCAUUGCGAUGGAGGCAUACCAAAGGUAUCAAGAAAAGGAGCGUGCAGCGGCUAACCAAAGAGGAUUUCACGCAGGUACUGGGAAAGCUGAGGAAAUCAUCUGUAUUGCCAAAAAGUUAGCAAAAGGGUUGUCCAAGGAGGUCGUUCGGGAGGAUCUGGGCAGAGAUAUGGACAUGUCGGACCAGAGAGAGAAGUUGAAGCGGCUCGACGCCUCAAUUAACCUUUCGGCCACGCUGCUCACGAUGAUAUGUACGGAUCCACCGCCGCGCAACCGCAACGUAUACUGCCGCCGGAGUGUGCUCUCCUGGGAGCACGGGUCAUUACAAGACUCCCUUGAAAUGCAUUUCACCUCGGAAGUCUUGUUGGGACAUGAUGUGACUCUGGAAAAGGAGUUCAACGUCAGCACCUUUUGUCGCAUUACUGGAUUUUCCAUUGAUUGGACCGACAAUCUCAUAGAUCAUCUGCAUUUGGACGAGGACAACCAGAGGCUGGCCAUAUUCCACCACGCGUCAUUCCUGAAAUGUCAGCAAAGCAAUCUGUUUCCGCCUGGAUUGAUUGACGAGACUUUGAGAACAUUGGCUCUUUUCUUUCCACCCCAUGAUUCGGCCAUGACAGCAUGGGUUCGGCAGCACCCAGAAUGUCCUAAAUUUGACACAGAAUUGACAAAAUGCCGUCGGCUCAAACCAGCAGAUCGGAAAAUUCGAGAGUUUAAAUACUGGCACGAGCGCUUGGUGGCUGUGAAGGAGUUGUACGACGAGACGCGACCAAGAACAAUCUCGCAACUGUGGUAUGACAGACGCAACAUGAUACAAUGGUGUACUUUCUGGGUAGCAAUAUGGCUCUUCAUCUUCGCAGUCGCACAGAUAGUCCAGGGCGUAUUGCAGACGUACAAGGCGUAUCAUCCGACAAACGCCACAAAAACGCAACUCUGA